CAAAAUAGCAAAAAUAAUUUCCACGGGUUACAACCUUUUGUCCUUGAGUGACUCUUUAAUGGUGACUAUUUUUGGAGUUUUUUGGGAGAAAGGUGAGUCGGAGAUUCUCACACUAGUGCUCAUUAAUACAAGUAACAAAUGAAGUAAGCUCAAAUAUUUAUGGUGUUGCCUCUUCUGAUCGGCUUCUGCUCAAUCAGUACGCUUUGACAUCGACAAAAAUCAAACAACAAAAAUUUGUUUGUUUGCAGCUCAAAAGAAAAGAUAAAAAGAUAGGGAUGGUGGCACUUCUGUUUGAUAAGAAAGCACCUUUCUUUGCAUUUUCUUGCUUGAACACCCUGUUUCUGGUGAUUAAUCUUUGUAUCUUUAAUGUACUGACAUGUGCAACUUCAACACCCUUGAGGUUUAAUAGAAAGGGGGCUUUUAAGAUUUUGCAAGUCGCAGAAAUGCAUUAUGCUGAUGGUAAGAUCACGCCAUGCUUGGAUGUGUUGCCUAAUCAAGUUAAAGGAUGCUCUGAUCUCAACACUACUGCUUUUAUCCAGCGAAUGAUAAAAGCUGAGAAGCUUGAUCUCAUUGUCUUCACUGGUGACAACAUAUUUGGUUUAGAUGCUACUGAUGCAGCAAAAUCAAUGGAUGCUGCAUUUGCUCCUGCUGUAAUGUCCAACAUCCCCUGGGCUGCUGUUCUUGGAAACCAUGAUCAGGAAUCCACUCUUUCAAGGGAGGGAGUCAUGAAAUAUAUAGUCAACAUGAAAAGCACCUUAUCUCUGUUGAAUCCGCAUGAUGCUGGAAAAAUUGAUGGAUUUGGAAACUACAACCUUGAGGUGGCUGGUGUCAAAGGUUUACCUUUCCAGAAUAAGUCAGUUCUCAAUCUUUAUUUCCUUGACAGUGGAGACUACUCAACAAUUCCUUUAAUUUCUGGAUAUGGCUGGAUUAAGACCUCUCAACAGUCUUGGUUUCUUCGUACUUCUAGGAGAUUGAAGAAAGCAUACAUGAACUGCCAAGAACCCCAAAAGGACUCUGCUCCUGGCCUAGUGUAUUUCCACAUUCCGUUGCCUGAAUAUGCAAGUUUCGAUACAUCAAACUUUACAGGUGUUAAGCAGGAGGGCAUUUCUUCACCGAGCAUAAACUCGGGUUUUUUUACAGCCAUGCUUGAAGCAGGUGAUAUCAGAGCGGUUUUUACAGGUCAUGAUCACAAAAAUGAUUUCUGCGGUAAAGUGAUGGAUAUAAAUCUUUGCUAUGCUGGUGGUUUUGGAUACCAUGCCUAUGGGAAGGCUGGUUGGGCUAGGAGGGCAAGAGUGUUGAAGAUUAAGUUGAGAAAGAUUGGUAAAGGUGGCUGGGGAGCAGUCAAGUCUAUAAAAACAUGGAAGCGCCUUGAUGAUUCAAACCUCACUACUAUUGACACUCAGGUCCUUUGGAGCAAGAGCUCAAUUGGAGCCCAUAGGAAAAAGCGUAUUGAUGGUGCUUAGGCUUUGAUAGCGCAUGGUUCACAAAAUCUGUCUAAUAGAGAUAAUGGCCUUGUAAGUGCUCAAAUGCAUAUAGUUACAGACUUACAGGUUUACAGUGAACUGUGUAAAACCUCGUCUACAUAUAGUCAUAGAAUGUAGAAAACUCUACUAGAUAUGUGAUGGUCUUAUUAAGCAUGCGUUUGGGGCCUUAAGUUUCAAAGCCUGCGUUUUAAAGGUUUUCACUAUCAUUUGAGAUAGAAUAAAAUUCAGAACCUCAUUUACAAGAUAGAAUAAAAUUCGGUUGAGUUGGUGCAAAAGUCUAAAAAGAGUAUGUUAAAGGUUUUCACUAUCAUUUCCGGUUGCCCCCCCCCCCCCUCCAGGGGAAGUUCAGCUGGGAUUCUGGUCGAUGGCUUGGAUCUCCCUAUGUGUAAGCUAAUUGUAAUUUGUGAUUGUCACUAUAGAAUUGAGAGUGUCACUAUUAGUUGGGAAUGAAAAUUGCUAAGGAAAAUGGUCAAUUUGGGGGUGGUGAGCUAGCAUAUUUAUAUGUAAAUUCAUUAUCAUUACCAUUAUUUUUGGUCAUCUACCAAACGUCUGGUGAAGGUUUUCUAUUUGUAAAAAUUUAAGAACAUAAGGUGUUAUCUUUCAUAAAUUGAUUCUCCACGUGAAAAGUUAGCUAGAACUUAAAUUUAAAAACACAUGAAGAUAAUUUUGAAGGAAAAUUUCGAAUUCAAGAUGAAAAUAAGGUUUUUUAUUUUAUUUUUAAAAAAAUUGACAUUUGUACUUCAAUUCCUAAUCACGAUACUAUUAACACUUCUUAUUUUAGCAUGGCAACCUCAUUUUAACUAAUGUUCUACUCCGUAUUAUUUUCUCUCUUAUGAACAAGUACUUUAUUCGUUUACAUGUAUUAUCGAUGAAUCUUAAUGAAAUUACACACACAAAAGUUCAACAAGUAUUUAAGAAUGCCCGUAAAAAAAAAAAAAAAAAAAAAAAAAAAAAAAAAAAA